UUUGGUAAUAGCAAUAGUAACCCAUGGUCAAAACAAUGGCGGGUUCUGCGUUACGACGAUUAAUGGCAGAAUACAAACAGCUAACCUUAAAUCCACCCGAAGGCAUUAUUGCUGGCCCGAUAAAUGAAGAGAACUUUUUUGAAUGGGAAGCUUUGAUCAGUGGACCAGAGGGAACAUGCUUCGAGGGUGGUGUAUUUCCAGCAAAGUUAAUAUUCCCACCAGACUAUCCAUUAAGUCCACCAAAGAUGCAGUUCACCUGUGAAAUGUUUCAUCCAAAUAUUUAUGCAGAUGGAAGAGUAUGUAUAAGUAUACUACACGCACCUGGUGAUGAUCCUAUGGGUUAUGAAAGUAGUGCUGAAAGAUGGAGUCCAGUUCAAAGUGUAGAAAAAAUAUUGCUCAGCGUGGUAAGUAUGUUAGCUGAACCAAAUGAUGAAAGUGGAGCAAACGUUGAUGCCGCAAAAAUGUGGAGAGAGGACCGCUCUGAAUUCGAAAGAAUUGCUCAAAAGCUUGUUCGAAAAACUCUUGGUAUCCCACUUUAAAUGAAGAUGCUGAUUACUUAAUUGAAAAGAAAACUAUAAUUAAAAAUAUCAUACGAUUCGGUGGGAAAUAUAUAUUGCAUUUAAAAUAAUAAACUUUAUUAAAAUCUAAUAUUGUGUGAUAGCAAGUAUGUACAUAUU